GAAAGCAGGCAGGGAUGGAGAGAAGAGAGGGAAUGAGAGAAAGAAGGUGAGACAUUGGGAAGGAUCCGGACAGGAGGUGACCGCCCGGUGUUGUAGGGUGAAAGUGUGUGUGCGUGAAGGCGUGUGUGCGUGGGCGCGCGUGCGUGUGUGUGUGAGGACUGUGUUGCGCUCGUGGCAGAGAGACCGCAGAGGAGAAAUCCACACAACUUCCAGCAUCCUCGCUGCGCUGCGCCGCGCCGCUGCCGCCACCGCCGCGUCUCUUUCCCUCAGUCUCUUCUACCGGGACACAGGCGGCUUGGCGCGGUGAGAUGUGAAGAGGCUUGAAGUAUGGCAUGCGAGGAUGCUGUUCGCAAAGAAGAAGGAGAUGGUGACGGCGACGCGACCCGCGUUCAUUCGGACCCUGGUCUACUUUUUCUGUUUGACGACUUGUGCGAAAACAAUCUCCGGACAAUCAAGGAAGGAUGAGAGGAUUUACCCGGAGAAUUUUACUCGGAUUUUGGACCGACUCCUGGACGGCUACGACAACAGGCUGCGACCUGGAUUCGGAGGUCCUGUGACAGAGGUGAAGACUGACAUUUAUGUGACAAGUUUUGGGCCAGUCUCAGACGUUGAAAUGGAAUACACUAUGGAUGUAUUCUUUCGGCAGACCUGGGUUGAUCGGAGAUUGAUGUACGAGGGUCCAGUGGAGAUACUGAGACUUAACAACCUGAUGGUGACCAAGGUCUGGACACCGGACACUUUCUUCAGGAACGGCAAGCGGUCAGUCGCCCACAACAUGACCGCGCCCAACAAGCUCUUCCGCAUCAUGAAGAACGGCACCAUCCUUUACACCAUGAGGUUGACCAUUAACGCCGAGUGUCCCAUGAAGCUGGUGGAUUUCCCCAUGGACGGACAUGCCUGCCCCCUCAAGUUUGGAAGCUACGCCUAUCCCAAAACGGAGAUGAUCUACACUUGGACCAAAGGGCCUCAGCAUUCGGUGGAGGUCCCUCCCGAGUCCUCCAGCCUCGUCCAGUACGAUCUCAUCGGCCAGACGGUUUCCAGCGAGACCAUUAAAUCAAUCACAGGUGAAUAUGUGGUGAUGACGGUCUACUUCCACUUGAAGCGGAAGAUGGGCUACUUCAUGAUCCAGACGUACAUCCCCUGCAUAAUGACAGUGAUCCUCUCUCAAGUGUCCUUCUGGAUAAACAAGGAGUCGGUCCCGGCGCGGACCGUUUUUGGCAUCACCACCGUCCUGACCAUGACGACACUCAGCAUCAGCGCCCGCCACUCUCUCCCCAAGGUCUCGUACGCAACCGCCAUGGACUGGUUCAUCGCCGUCUGCUUCGCCUUUGUCUUCUCUGCCCUCAUCGAGUUCGCCGCCGUCAACUAUUUCACCAACACACAGAUUGAGAGGGCCAAGAAGAAGCCAGGCAAGUGUCCCCCAGUGCCCCAAAGCACGCCCGUCAAGGUGAAGGACACAGAGGAAGUGCAGCAGCAAGUUCCCGACACCAACGGUUCCCUGAGGAAGCGGAUGAAUUACAUCUCGCACCAAGACCUGGCGGGCCAGCCAAGAGCCCAGUCCACCACCAACAUCUCAGGGCUGGGAAGAGGAAGGCGGCUGAGAGCUCUGGCUGGCGGCACCAACAGCAGCUCCUCCACCCUCUCCCGCUCCAGCCCCAAGUCCGAGAGCCUGCUGAGCGUGGCCUCGUCCUCGGCGCAGCUGAUGAAGGGCACGCCUCAGCCCGCGGCGUCCAGCCCGGACGUGAUGGCGGGGACGCCGGGCCGGCGGGACGCCGGCCCCGCGUCUCUGCAGCACCUGCUCGGGCCCAAGCUGGAGCGCAUCCAGAUGAUGGGCAACAAGCUGGAGCCGAAGCAGACGCCCUGCUCCCAGCCGACCGCCGCCGGCAUGGGCGGAACCAGCAAAAUUGACAAAUACGCCCGUAUCCUGUUCCCGGUGUCCUUUGGGGCGUUCAACAUGGUCUACUGGGUGGUCUACCUGUCGAAAGACACAGUGGUGGCCAAAGGGGGAUAAAUCUCGCUCUGGCUUUAAGGUUCAAUGUGAUUUCCUCUAGCGUGGAUACAACAACAACACACUGCUGGCUCUUACCAGACAGUUCAAUGUGCUCAUCCGUCAACAGUGGAUCCUGGACAACGUGUUUGCGAUGCAUUUGCUGAAGGACCACAAGCAUGGAAACAAAUCGUUAUAAUUAGAACUAACUGACUCGGCUUAAGAAAGAACAUGCGCACACUGGAAUACUCCACCAUCCUCUUUCUAUUUCACAUUGCCUCAUCUGAUUGUAAAGGUCUCCAACUGCCUGGUGAUCCAUUCGGCCUGGAGAAAGCGUGGGGAUUUGUUAUUUUCCUAUUUUUGUACCCUGUAACCUUUCGGGAUGCUUGGAUAUGUCAUCAAUCGGAACUGAACCUCGCCCACAAUGUACAAUAUAUACAGUAUAUAUAUAUAUAUACAUAUUUAUUUAUUAGGCUAAACAGAUUUAUAUUUAAUGUGCAAACCUGAUGCACUGCUGUGCCAAUAGAUUUAAGGAUUAAAUCCAUCGGAGAGCACAAAGAGAUCUGCGUUGGUCUUAAAUGCUCUCUGGAAAAACGAGUGUCAAGCUGAAAAGAAGAAAUUUGAUGAGAAAGUCCUCAAACCGAGGCUUAGAGGAGCGCCGGUCACGAAUGGUUGAGCGGCGAAAUCUUCUUGCGCCGAACGUCCGUGUGAAGUAUUUGCGUUGCACAAGAUGGAUUAAGCAAUACGGAGAGAGAAAAGAAAAAAAACACAAGAUGAAAUGUGGGGAUAAAUCAGGAAGGAAGCGGAGGAGACGUGCUCACAGUAGUAGGGUUUAAGCUUCUUCACUGUCUGGCCAAGAUUCAUACUUUGAUUACGUAAAAUGGAAAAAAAAAAUAAAAUCCACAUGAGCAAACAAAAACAAAGAGAAUGGAAAGACAUUUAGUAGUAGAUGUAGGGGAGGGAAAGUAAGUUGCUGUUUCUUCUGGAGCUGUGAUGCUGUUUUUAAUGCGUUUCGCUGGAAAUCAUCUGCUGUGCGACACAGAAAGGUUCUGAGACACAGUAACUGUGUUACUGAACCCGCUCAAGGGCGUCGUCAACCCAGACACCUGGAUGGGGUUUCAUCUUGUUUCAGGCAGCCAGAUGUUACCUUAUUGUCAGUGCAGCUGUUGGUCACUUAGACGGCAACGCUUCAUUUUCCUGCCGCUCGUACACUUAGCAGUGCCCUUGCUUUCCAUUCAUCGAAAGGAUAAUUCAGUUUCUUCAAGGUGAGGUUUUGCAUGCAUUAUAUCAUCAGUGAUAGUUCCCUCACAACACGCGGUAGAUGUUACGCUGCGGAAAGUUUGAGGAAAACUGAAGAAGUCCUCAGAGGAGUGGAAGGUCAAAACCAAAUUCUGACUUGGAAAUUUGGAAACCAGAGUGAGUUUCAUAUCCAACACAGACAAUAUAAAGCUGAGUCUAUCCAUCUAUAAUUUUUUGCCUAAUCCAGGAUGGAGUCAGCAGGCUAAACGGAGAGCUCCAGUUAAAAUCACUAAACCUUAGAAAGUAUUUUUGGUCUAGUUUCUAGUGUAGAUAUUGUAGUACUGGAAAUAAGACAAAACUAACUUGCAAGUAACUUCUCAGCAAGAAGUAGGAGUUCUAGUUUCACUAGUAAAUUAUUUAAUUUAUGUUAUAAAUCACGGGUGUCAAACUAAUUUUCGUUUUGGGUCAAAUCAAGAUCAUGAAUGCUCUUAAAGGGCCGGUUGUCCCAGAAUGUAUUGAUUAAACCUGCUCACAAACUGUUAAAAUAUCAACUCAUUCUUACAAUUAAA